CUAGCUAGUCUCCAUCGGGUCUCCCACCUUCCCACCCUCCCAUCGUGUACGCUACGUACGAGAAGCCACCAGCCAAUACCGCGUCCUCUCCUCAUUACUGCCAGCGCGCGUACUCCUGCUACGCAGGGGAUCGGACGGAUCAGAUCACCAGGAUGGACAUCGGCGGCGGCAGCGGCGGUGGCGAGGAGGAGGAGGUGGACCGUGCCGCCGGCGCCGGCAGCAGCGACCAGCAGAGGAUGAAGAUCGGCUGGCCCACCGACGUCCGCCACGUCGCGCACGUCACCUUCGACCGCUUCCACGGCUUCCGCGGCGUCCCCGCCGAGCUCCAGCCCGAGCCCGCCCUCGCCAAGGCCCCCAGCGCAAGCAAGACGGCGUUCGGCGUGUCAACGGAGUCGAUGCAGUGCGCGCACGACGCGCGGGGGAACAGCGUGCCCACCAUCCUGCUCCUCCUGCAGCGCCGCCUCUACGAGCAGGGCGGCCUCAAGACGGAGGGCAUCUUCCGCGUGGCCGCGGACGGCGCGCAGGAGCAGCGCGUCAGGGACCAGCUCGACCUCGCCGCGUCCGUGCCGGAGGACGCCGACGUGCACUGCCUGGCGGGGCUCAUCAAGGCAUGGUUCAGGGAGCUGCCGGGGGGCCUGCUGGACGCGCUGCCUGAGGAUGAGGUGGCGCGCUGCGCCACCGAGGAGGCGGCGGCUAGGUUGAUCGGCAAGCUGCCGGCGGCCAAGGCGGCGCUGCUCGACUGGGCCGUGCAGCUCAUGGCGGACGUGGCGAGCGAGGAGGCGCGGAACCGGAUGGGCACCCGCAACGUCGCCAUGGUCUUCGCGCCCAACAUGACGCAGGAGGUGGAUCCUCUGACAGCACUCAAGUACGCGGUGCAGGUGAUGAACUUCCUCAACCUGCUCAUCGAGCGGGCGCUCCGACAAAGGCAGCAAGACCAGAAGAAGAAGCAACCUAAGUAGCUAGAUGAUUGUUUGAUUGACGCUUUGGUUAAUUCGAUUAGUAGUCCCGUGCUUAGUUAAUUUCGUUCAGUUGGGUGGCCAUCGACUAAGCUGACUUUGUAUGUACCUGAGCCUAGCUAGGACCCAGCAAAUCAGCUAGAUCUGUGUGUGGGUUUGUUAAUCAUGUCUGCUUUCUCCUUUGAAUAUUUGCGCUCUUUGGAUGAUUUAUUCGGCUUUACUUUCGGUUGUGUA